UACGGGAAUUGACAUCGCCAUUUUAUGUGUUUGGCUCUGACACAGGUAGAGUGGAAGUGGUGCGUGGGGUGGUGAGAAAAUCUGGCGAAGUAUAUAAAGUUAUUCGCAAAAUGUUGCUCAAAUACUUAAUCCCCGACAUGAGUAAGUAACGUUAAUCGAGAACGGGUUGCGCGGGUGGUGUAAUCCGGGUAUCAUUAUAAUCUGGUCGAAAUGGUGUAGUGGAGUUGUGCGUGCGUGUGUUUUCAUCGAGUGUUUCCAACACUAGUUUUAACUGCUGUCACACGCUCAGUUAUUUUGUGUUAUCGAGUUAUUGGUGUUGGCUCAUAUCACGCGCAGCCUCCGGAUUUUAUUUUCGAUUUUCUCAUCGGUUACAAUGAGUUCGAGAAAUAUUCCCUCAGACAAGAUAAAUCUACGCCUAAUACUUGUCAGCGGUAAAACAAAAGAGUUCCUAUUUAGUCCGAGCGAUUCUGCUGGAGACAUAGCACACCAUGUGUUUGAAAACUGGCCUGAAGAUUGGGCGGAAGAAGCGGUCGCGAAGGCGGAAAUUUUACGACUAAUUUACCAGGGUCGUUUUCUACACAGCAACGUUACUUUAGGUGCGCUCGGCCUCCCCUUCGGUAAAACAAUAGUAAUGCAUCUUGUCCCACGCGAGAAUCUCCCCGAGCCUAAUUCUCAAGACCAGAGACAAAAGAGUAAAGGCGGCGGAAGCAGUUGCUGCUCAGCCUCGUGUUGCAUACUUUAAAUAUUGGCUACCCUGGAUAUAUAAGGGCUGCUUGAAGCGAGCCGACGCUACGUCCAGGCUGGGCCAUGGUUUCUAAGGUUUUAUGCUGAUGUAUAAUUGUUAGUGGCUGAGUUCGCAAGCAGCGUAGUGUAGUAAGAAUGGUUACACUAAACGAUUGUUAAUGAUUUUAAUGAAAUGUAAUCAACCUUUUAUUUACCGCUAUAAGGAAAGAAAGAGAAAGAAAACAACAACAACACAUACGGUAUUUGUGUAUAUUACAAUUUGGUAUUAUUGUUUCAUUUCAGUUUCUUAACAGUCUCAAUUGUGUAACUGGAUCAAGGCGAUCUUCGCUAUGAAUUUUCUCACACUCGCCAGUAUCGCUACGUGUAAAAUAAAAUUUACCAGCCAGAGUUAGAGCCGAACCGUAAUCUGUGCCGACUAAAUUUUACCAUUUAUAUGUAUAAGCCAGAGAGGGUGGGCUUAACAAUUGCUUUAACAACCCAACCCCGAGUCAAGAUUCUAUAAAGUAUUUUGAGCCGACACUACCGUGCUUCGAAGCUCAACCACUAUCUUACACCACCGCAGCGUUUAAGUUUCAUAGAUGGAGAACAAGUGUGCGAAUGAUAUAAAAUGAUUAACUUGAGUGACUGUUUAUGUUUGAGCGAAUGCGAAAAGGAGUAAAAAUUUAUGUUGUGAUAACGCAGGUAGUGAAUAUAUUAUUAUAUAUACAUACUAUUAUUAAAAUUAUAUAUUAUAUAUACAUAUAUAUUUAAUAUGUUCUCAUGUAUUUGUGUAUGUAUAUAUAUAUAUUAUAUACACGCGUGUGAGAGCAAGGUGAAAAAGAGAAAUAUAUAUGUACAUAAAUAUAUGUAUACGUAUGAAAAACAGUAUGAGAAGAGUUGACCCAAAGUUGAAAACUCUCGUACCAUAGACUUUAUUAUCAUAAAUUUAAAAUAAUAAUAAUAAUAAUAAUAAUAAUAAUAAUAAUAUUAAUAAUAAUAACGAUGAUGAUAAUAUUAUUACGACGCCACUUUGAGAGUUUAGUAUCCACAAUUUAAGAUUACGAGGCAACCUUGGAUCUCUAAUUAACGGUAGUUUUGGCGAAACGGGAUAACGAAGUGAAAAAAGAAUGAUGAAAAAAUAAACCGGAAAACAAGAAUGAAAAUUGUGAAAACCAAAAUCAAAUAUAUUCUCUGUUAGCUCCUGCUCUUAUACGAAGAUCGCUGGAGAACCCUUAGCUUUACUCAUAGAUCCGAUGACCCAGUGCUACGGGUUUAAACCCACGCAUAAAUAGAAUAAUUAUUAUAGUUAGGUCCAACGAAACCGUAAUAAUAUGUUGUAGCCCUAUUCUAUACAUACUCUACCUAUACUAACUGUACUGUACUGUAUUACGACUCUUAAACGAUGCAUAACGAUGUGUAUAUAUAUAUAUUGUCUUCUUGUGUAGUGAGAAAAGAAAGAAAGAAGGAAAGAAAGAAAGAAAACAGAAAAAAAGUAUAUAUAUUAUACGACACAAAAGAAAAUUCAUAAAAAUUUCACGAUUAUCGACAGCAUUGUUUCAUAUCAAAACUCAGUCCUAUCGUCAUCCUUUAUUUAAAUUCAUACAGACGCCGUAAUCGUAUAUUACACCCUAUAAUAAUUAGUACCUGUCACUUUUUAAAAACUAUCGACACUGCACCAUGACCUAUCUAUUGAUUUACAUUAAACGCUCAACACUAAUCGCUCAUAAUUUUAUGAAAUUUAAUUAUGUAAAGAGAAAUUCAAGUAAACUCCAGCUUUACAUAAGAAAAAUAUGUAAAUCGAAAAUUUGAAAUAUCGAUAUUCUUCAUCACAUGUAUACGUUGUGAAUGAAAAUUAAAUUUGUGUAUUAAAAAAAAAAGAGGAGAAAAGUAAAAAAAAAAAAAAAAAAAAAACAACAACAACAACAUUAAAGAAAUGAAAUAAAAUUAAUCAACAAAAUUUAACAAUCUCAUCGCAUAUGAAAUAAGUAACAGAGUUUGUAACCGAAAUACUGUAUAACCUUGUUAAAGUGUCGUAGUAUUUAAUUAACGAGUUAUCUUAAUUACCUGACUAAUCAGUUAUUGAUCAGUUUGUUAGUCAAAUAUCUUACGGAUCGUAUCCAUUCCCCAAAUGUUCAGAUCGAAACGCUUUCCUAUAAUACUGUAAUCAACGUUACAUGUGUAAUUGUUUGAAAAAUGGAAUCCUUUGAAAGGAUUCGAUUAGUUUUCGCUUCAAUCACGACGGUCCAGUGCAGUUCUUCGUAGAGCACAAUCGUGCAGUUAUCAAUUGUUUUUUUUUUUUUGUUUUUUUGUUUUUUUCAUUAAAUUUCAUGAUUGUGACUUAUGAACGACUCGGCUACAAACCCUGGCUAAAAUUAUUACAUUGGUUGACAAGACUCGUAGAGUAGUCUGACACAAGCGUGGUCACCACACUGUGUUCAUGACAGUUAUUUAUUAUUUAGCCUGAUUUUCAUUCGUUUUGUUAUUAUAAUGAAUUUUUCUUCUACUUUGUUCUCGUUUUUAUAGUUUCUUCCUAUUAAAAUUUUAAUAAUCACAGCUGCUCAAGAAUCAGAUCAAUUGAUGCUCAUUGUAUUUUAUUUAUUCCGUAUAAUUUCUUUGAUGCUCAAAGUAAUCUUUGCCAAUUCUGUAACAGAUAUUUGAUAUAAAUUAAAUAUAAUUUUUUUUUUUUUUCAUUUUUGUCGUGUCGCUUUACUUAAAACACCUGUAUAAUUCAAUUCUCCGAUAAAUUACCUAAGCACGUGUGCAAUUGGUGAUUCGGUUCACUUCAUUUUCUCACCUGACUUACAAAGUGUUUAUAUCAGAAUCAAUAUGUGGCAGGGAAAAACGCGAAAUAUGCUCAUAAAUUUGCUAGUAAACUCAAAUCGUUAACUAAUUCGAUACGUCAUUGUCUUUCAUACCUUAGCCCUAAUUUUAGCGGAAUCAACAAAUCUUAAAUGUUGCUAUUCUGGCUCAUUUUGAAUGUUAAUGAAACUAAUGAUACUGCAAGAAGAAUACCUGAAUUACUUAAAAUUGUUUUUCGAGUUAAUUUCAAAUAUUUAACUUGUACUGAAAAUUAUUAUACAUGCAUAUUCGAAUUUAGUUGUCUGUUCUGGAUGCAAGUACGUCGAUGAUGAUUGUUAUUAUUAUUAUUUUUUUUGUUAACAGACGUCGAUAGACGAUCGUUGAGCUUAUUAUGUCCAGACUGUGCGACGCAGUUGAAAUGUUUUAUUUUCUUUUGUUCGUUUUUAUUUAACUUGACGUAGCAUAAUAACCAUUCAAGAGAGCAACAAUAUUUGACAUAGUACGAGCACAGUUCCGCUACUUACUCUGGUUGUAAAAUAUGUUUAAUUAACUUCGAAGACAUUGAAUGUUUGAUUAUAUUAUUUGAAUAAUUAAAUUAAUGUUACGUACGAAUAAAUAAUAGCCUUAAUCGAUUUCUUGUACAACUUUUCUUUUCCUCUUUGGAUUUUUCUUUUUUAUAUAUAUAUUCUUUAAUUUUUUUUUCUUUCGACGUAUUAUUAUAAUUUAAGGUCGUUCACGAAUUGAACACGCGAAAAUAGAAAUUCAAUGUUUAAUCUAAUUAAGACCAACAACGAUUACAAAGGUUCAAGACGAAUCUUGACAUUCUGCAGAAGCCAUGUGAUUUCGUUGACUAGCAACUAUCGUAUAAAGAAUUAGGCAAAAAGUGCCGAGAGACUCUCGAUAACUGCAACUACUACACGGAGCAUAAAUAAUCAUUCGUUAUAUUAGCAAGAUAAGUGACUCUGAAGUGAAAUGAUAUAAAUAUAUAUAUCGGGAUUGCGAAACACGUCGUAAUGGCAAGCUUAUUCAUUCCACGCUAUUUGAACUUAUGUCAGUAAUGGUGCUAGCGUAGAAUGACGUUUGAGCUUUAAGAAUUCUGUAAUAUAAAAUAUUGUACCCUUUCAUGAAUCAUUCGACGAGUCAGUUACCAAUACUUAAAUUAAUGUCAAAUCAUUUCUGCGUGUACAGCUAAGUUGUGCUUGAUCUUAUUGUACAAUAAAAUAGAAAUAAAAUAUCGGUUCCUUUUUUAUUUUUCUUCAUUAUCUUCUCCAUUCUAUGUUCUCUUUUUUUCUAAAAACAAAAUUUUGUGAACGACCUAUAUCGAUGCCCAGAAACGCCGAACGAUCUUGUAAAUAGCUCAAAAUUUUUGGCAAAAGUAACGCGACUACAUAUCAAUUGGAUUGUAGAGCAUUUAAAUGUUUAAAUGCUAACGAAUAUGAAUACCAAAAAAUAUCUUACGUAGUCUCAGAUUUUUUCAGAUGGUACCGAAUAUGGCAAAAGGUGCGUUACUACGCCUUGGCUUGUUCCAAAUUUUGCAGUUAUUCGAAAUGACACGCUUACCUCAGAAAUAAUAUUGAAAUCAUUUAAACAAGUUGAUUCAGUUGGAAUGUUGAUGUAAAUUAUUGAAUAGCAAAAUUUUGUGCAUUGAUCUUGAGCAUUUACCAAGAUAAUAGAUAAAAGUAUACAUAUAUAUAUAUAUAUAUAUAUGUAUAUGAAUUACAGAUGAAAGAUAAGCAUAUUUUAGAAAAGCCUAAUUAUUAUUAUUAUUAUUAUCAUCGUUCGAAAGAAGGUUUUUUUUAAAUAUGAUUUUAUAAAAAUUUGUAGCAUGGCCUACAUUCUAGCCAUUUUAAGUACAGACUUAGAUACCAUUAUAUCGCAUGUGUGUAGAAAAAAAUAAUUAAUGUAUCAUGAAACUAUACAAUACUAUGAACUACUCGAGGCGUAAUUAAAAAUACACAAGAAUAAAAAUUGUCCAUGGUGAAAAUAGUUAUUCGAUGAAGAGAUUAUAAAAUAAUGAAUAUUGUAUCAGAUUAUAUGAAUAUAUAUUGUUAGGUGAUUGUGCAUAGGUAUGAAUAAUUUUUUAAAAUUAUCUUCUUUGGAAACGCGUUAGUAAAAUUUUAAAAAUUUUAAAAGUAAAAAAAAAUAUUAAGAAUAAUAAUAAUGAUAAUAACUAAUAAAUCCACUACGAAAAUUAUUCUGCUUUCAUAUUACAUUAUUUUGUUUAGAAUAAUAUGAAAUCAUUAAUAAUUUCUAUGAAAAAAAUAUAUGUUUCUUAAUUCCUACAAUAUACAUACAUAUAUUAUGUUUAUCAAUGCUACUAGAUUAUAGAUAAUAUUCAUCUGUAAAUAGAACAAUUGAUAUUUCAAGUAAUACUAAAUGUUUUAGAAUAUUUUCAUCAAAACCAUCCAUUCGAAAAUAACAAUAAACCAAUUUGUUUGUUAUUAUUUUCAAGACGGUAUGCAAGAAAAUGAAAUUAGUUUAUUGCAAAUAGGAACAGAAGAGGUGAUAACUAGGUUUUGCUAGUCCAUCAAUCUGGCUCCGAUUGCUAAAUACAUUUAACAAGUAAUUGAGGCCAUUGAGGUUUGCUUACCAAACUCGUGCACGGUUUCUUAUACUUUACAUUUUGUCGUUUAUAUGGGGUACACGUUUUGUUGAAUGACGAAAUAUGUGAAACUACAGUUUGUUAAGUUAUCUUUGAAAUGUUCUCUUAUUUAUAAAGAGACUAGUGGAUUGUUACCAUUGCCUGAAAUUGUAUAGUAAAUACUCGUUGAUAAAUUCGAGGUAAUCGCAGGGUAACUAAUAGUUGCUAGUUCGUUUACUCUUACAAUGCCGAAUAGAUAACAGUCGACAUUAACUUUGUCUGCCUAUCAGUAAUUACAGUGAUAAUAGAUUUCCUUGAACUAUUGCUGCAUUUCACUGCCACUGGCCUAGUGUUUACUAAAUAAAAAUGGGUGUACAGCAAUACGUAUUCUACACUCUUAGCAUUGAUUUUCGAGCCCCUUUUUGAAACGUCAUUCGACCCUGUGGACGAAGGAUUUCAACAAUAAGGUUCACCUAACAUAAGCUAUUUUUCGCUAAACCUGAAUACCUAAUCUAUAAUGUCACCAGGCUAGCA